ACCUGUCGCCUCUGUUCGCCUGCUGUUUCGUUGAAGAUCAGUUCAAAGUCGCCCGGAGCCAUGGCCAUGCUCAGAGUGUCGUCCUACCGCAAGCUGUUUGAACAAGACGCCUGGAGGCGAAAUGCGGGGCUGAGGAUGCCCAGGGGCGCGGCUCUUGACAAAUGCGACCGUGACACGUUCGACUUUGUCGCUGCCAAGUCUCUCGGCGAGGACGGCCUGAAGCUGUUGGCCCAGGAACGCCGCACCAUCGCCGCCCUCAACGACCGGCUGGUCAAGCUCAUCGAGCUGGCUCGGCGCUUGGAGGAGGAGAACGGGUCUCUUGAAUGUCAGAUUGCGGAGCUGGAGGCGCAGCCGAGCAGUGCCCCCGCCUCCGUCAGCAUCAGCACCGCGGUGGCUCAGGCCGACCGCUCUCUGGAUGCGGUGGUGGAGAGGCUGCGCAGGGAAAGGGAUGAGAUUGUGUGCGAGUCUAGAGCGCUGCAGGACGAGCUGGAGGGUCUGAUGAGGGAGCACGAGGAGGCCGCACGCAGGAGGAGCUCAGUCCAGCAGGAACGUCAGCACGUUGCUGCGGAGGUGGAUGCCGUGACGGCGGAGUGUCUGGCGUUGAGGGAGCGGGUGCGUGUCUACGCGGCGCAGCGAGCCAACGUGGAGGCCCAGCGCACGGCGGCGGCCGAGCGUCUGCUGGAGCCCGCUGACGGGUCCACGCCGGCGGUGGCAGCCAUUAAAUUCGGCAGCCCUGCCGUCACCGCGGCCUUGGGUGUAAAGGAGUAUUACUGCCGGCUGGCGGAGAGCCUCCAGUGCGUCGUGGCUGCCGCCGCUGUGGUUUGUGGUGGUGAUGCAGAGCAGCGGGAUGUGAGAGGAGCUGGGAGGUCGGUGGUCAGAGACUGGCCGGCGACGAAGGACGCUGGUGACAUGAAGACGCUGGUCUCUGAGCUACAAAAGGAGUUUGCUGAGCUCGAACAGCGCAACGAGGAGCUGGAGGACGAGGCUGAAAUGAAGAGGGCUGCGCACAUGGAAGAGGUAGCGGAGUUGGAGUACACCAUAAAUGAGCUGCAGCACCGGGACUCCAGCUUCCGAACCCAAAUGAAGGAGCAGUGUGACGACUACAGGGUGCUGCUCAGUGAGAAGAUGGCCAGAGACAUGGAGAUCGCAGCCUACAGGAGCCUGCUGGAGGAGGAGGAGGCGAGGCUGUGCGACCUGUGACUCGAGGCCCGGCGGCUCCGGGAGCGUCUGGCGUGCGGCCGAACGCUCCCACGCUCACGCGGAUUAGAAAGCAGACAGAGGAGAAACGCAGAACCCAGAUCAGCAGUAGGGUGAAGCAUAAG